GCUGCCUUUCUAGCCGCUGAUGCAAAGCUCAUCAAAACAGGAAAUGGCUUACAAGAUUUAGUCACUUGGGACAAGCAUUCAGUAUUUGUUCGAGGCGAGCGAAUCAUGAUUUUCUCCGGUGAAUUUCACCCUUUCCGACUUCCAGUUCCAGGUCUCUGGCUCGAUGUGCUUCAGAAGAUUAAAAGCAUGGGCUUCAAUGGAGUGUCUUUUUACGUUGACUGGAGUCUGGUGGAAGGUAAUCCGGGACAGGUUGUCAUCGACGGCAUAUGGAAUCUUGAAAAAUUCUUCGAUGCUGCGACUGAAGCUGGAAUAUAUCUUAUCGCGAGGCCUGGACCGUACAUCAAUGCGGAGACGACAGCAGGUGGUAUUCCAGGUAUAUGUCAACAAUGGGCCGCAUUAUCGAGAAGGCACAAAUUACUCACGGGGGGCCCUGUGAUCAUGGUCCAGCCAGAAAACGAGUACGCAACAUGGCCGGAUGUUCCCGAAGAAGAAUUUCCGACCCAAAUGAACCGGGAGUACAUGGAUUAUGUUGAAAAGCAACUGUUAGAUGCUGGUAUAACGGUGCCCCUCAUCGUUAAUGACAACAAGGCUUUAGGCUACUGGGCUCCGGAGUCCGGCCUUGGAGAGACAGAUAUUUACGGAAUUGAUUCGUACCCUUUGCGUUACGACUGUGGUAAUCCAACAUUCUGGCCUACCUAUAGAUUCCCUUAUGACUGGCAAGUUCUUCACGAAAAGUACAGCCCAAACACCCCAUUUUCCAUCGUCGAGUUUCAAGGAGGCUCGGGCGGAGGAUGGGGAGGGGUCAUCGAGGAUAAAUGCGCUGAACUCGUCAACGAAGAGGCUGUCCGAGUCGUUUACAAGAAUAAUUAUGGAUUUGGGGUUAAGAUAUUUAACAUUUAUAUGACCUUUGGGGGUACAAAUUGGGGAAAUCUUGGCUACCAGGGAGGUUAUACCUCAUAUGAUUAUGGGGCAGCCAUCACCGAAACCAGGGGCGUCUCGCGUGAAAAGUAUAGCGAGCAAAAAUUAGAAGCAAACUUUUUGAAGGUUUCACCAGCAUACCUGACAGCAACUCCGGGAUUAGGAAUCAAUGGUUCCUACGGGGCUCCAGCUUCUAUCGCUGUAACCCCACUCUAUGGAAACGACACACGAACAAACUUUUACCUAGUGAGGCAUGCCAAUUUCAGCUCUACAAGCAACACUGAAUAUACUCUUCAUCUACCAACUAGUAUCGGAAACCUCAGCAUACCACAGAUCGGUGGUCAUCUCAGUCUUAACGGGCGAGAUUCCAAGUUCCACGUUACAGAUUAUAGUCUUGACGGCAUUAAUUUGAUAUACUCCACAGCUGAGAUCUUCACAUGGGCACGCGGGGCUGGUUCGGCACGUUUACUAAUUCUUUACGGCGGAGCAGGCGAAUUGCAUGAGUUUGCGUUGUCUCGUCACCUUGGAAAUCCGACUGUUAUUGAGGGUUCCGACGUCACAAUCACUCCGAAAGGCCAAGCAUGGGUGUUACAGUGGCAGGUCAAGCGAGAACGCCGCAUAAUCCGCAUUUCUGAUCUCGAGAUUUACCUUCUUUGGCGAAACGAGGCUUAUUCAUACUGGCCACUGGAGUUGCCUGCCAAAGCACCCAUCGGCAAUUUUUCUUCACCGACUAAGGAUAUGGUCAUCGUGAAAGGCGGGCAGCUUGUUCGCUCGAUUUGGAUCGAAGAUCAUGCGAUUCGCGUUACGGGUGAUAUUAAUGCUACAACAGAAAUUGAGGUGAUUUCUGCACCGGUUCGUAACUUGAAAGCGAUUAUUUUCAAUCAAGAUCAAUUGAGUGUUUCACGCACAAAGUCGGGGAAAUUAAUAGGAACGGUGGAGUACGACCCUCCUGAAAUCACAAUACCAAGUCUAGCCAUCUUGGACUGGAGGUACCUUGAUUCUUUACCUGAAAUCAAAGCAGCCUACGAUGAUACAAAUUGGACAAGCUGUUCGAAGAGGACUACAAACAAUCCCAGAGAUCUGGACACGCCAAUGAAUCUGUAUUCUAUGGAUUAUGGGUUCCACGCUGGCUCGUUAAUUUAUCGUGGUCAUUUCAUAGCAAAUGGAAUGGAGUCACUGGUUUCCUUAAACGUGUCAGGUGGAACUGGCUUUGGUCAUUCCAUCUGGCUAAAUCAAACUUUCCUUGGAUCCUGGACUGGAAGUGGCUCAAAUACCACCGCGAUUCAAAAUUUACGGUUUCCCAAGGAUUUAUUUGCAGGAGAGUCUUAUGUUCUUACAGUUUUGAUUGACGACAUGGGCCAAGAUGAGGAGGCCCCAGGUACCGAUGCGAUCAAAUUUCCGCAUGGUAUCCUCAACUACCAGCUGCUAAACCAUAGCAAAAGUGACAUUUCGUGGAAAAUGACGGGAAAUCUUGGCGGCGAGCAGUAUCAUGAUCUCGCGAGAGGACCUUUAAACGAAGGCGCUAUGUACGCCGAGAGGCAAGGUUAUCACAAUCCAAAGCCACCAGUCUCGAAAUGGACUUCAGCUAGCCCGAUGAAGGACGGGAUGACAAGAGCUGGUGUUGGCUUUUUCACUACAUCUUUCAGUCUGGAUAUCCCCGAAGGAUGGGACGUUCCGAUGAGUUUUGUGUUCAAUGGGUCUGCAGCGGAAUCACCCGAAUCCGGAAAAUUUGGAUCAAAUUACCGAUGCCAGCUUUUUGUAAACGGGUAUCAGUUUGGCAAAUAUAUCAACAAUCUCGGACCUCAGGUAUCCUUUCCAGUCCCAGAAGGAAUUUUGAAUCACAAUGGGUUGAACUACAUUGCAUUAACUCUCUGGGCACAAGACGAGCAAGGUGCCCAGCUUGCCAAUCUCGAAUUGACCCCCACGGCUGUAACCCGCUCGGGUUACACAAAGCCGGAUCCCGCGCCGCAACCUUCGUGGGUGUGGCGCGAGGGGGCAUACUAG